GCUGAUGGUGGCCUGCUCCAAGGGCUUCGUGGACAUCGUGCCGCUGCUGCAGAAGUGUCCCUACAUCAACAUCAACCAGCAGGACAACGAUGGCAACACGGCUCUCAUGAUGGCAGCCCAGGCAGGGCACAUCACCAUCGUGAACUACCUGCUGAACUAUUACCCCGCGCUGCAGCUGGAGCGGCGCGACCCCCGCGGGCUGACGGCGCUGAUGAAGGCGGCGCUGCAGGGGCGGCAGGACUGCGUGGCUGCGCUGCUGCUGGCGGGAGCUGACCUGCAAGCCGUGGAUGCCAUCAAGGGGAAGACAGCCAAGGAAUGGGCGACUUUCACCGGCCGCUUCGAGACCACCGCGCGCAUCCGGAGCCUCCUGCGGCGCCCGCGCGCCGAGCAGUUCACGGCCCGCUACCGGCCCGAGUGGCCGGCCCUGGCCCAGCUGGUGGCCAAAGCCCUGAGCCCCAAAUCCAGGAGCAAGAGGCUGUUGGAGAAGAUCCGAUCCUUUUUCACCUUCAGCAUCCCCCGCGACCCCGAGGAGGACGGCGUGCUGGACCACAUGGUGAGGAUGACCACGGCCCUCGCCAGCCCUUUCGUGGCCACCGCUUGCCAAACCGUCUGCCCCGACAGCCCGCCCGAGGUGGGCAAGCGCCGGCUGUCGGUGCCCGAGAUCCUCGGGCAGCGCGUGUCGGAGCCGGAGGAAGAACCGGAGUCAUCCUCACGACCCGGCUCGGGGGGAUCCUCCUACUCUGGGGGAUCCUCCAGUUUGGGGGGAUCCUCCAGUUUGGGGGGAUCCUCCUGCUCGGGGGGAUCCUCCAGCUCGGGGGGAUCCUCCUACUCAGGGAGAUCCUCCAGUUUGGGGGGAUCCUCCAGUUUGGGGGGAUCCUCCUGCUCGGGGGGAUCCGAGCUCCGGCGACCGCCCGGCCGCCUGCUGAGCCUCCUGCCGCUGUGGCUGCGGCGGGGGAACAGCGUCUGCCCCGGGGAGCCCGUCCCCAAAAUCAGGGUGAGCAAAGCCUCCGGCUCGUCUGCCGGCGAGAGGAAGCCCCGCGUGAAGGACAAGCACCUCCUGCAGCCGCCCCAGUGGAGGUACAAGGUGCUGAAGGAGGAGAAGAAAGCGGCCGAGCAGGCCAAGACCGGGGAGAAGAAGAAAAAGAAAAAGAAAGGUUAA